AUGGGAGUUCAAAUAAAACCCCAUCUCUUGAUCUUGUCCUUACUUCUCAUAUCUUCAUUCAUCAUCACCAUUGUUGCUUUGACGAAACAGCAAGAACUAGAUCGAAUCUCAGCUCUCCCUGGUCAACCACCAGUCACAUUUUCACAGUUUUCUGGCUAUGUUACUGUCAAUGAGAAACAUGGGCGUGCACUCUUUUACUGGUUGACAGAAGCUACAACAAUUCCUGACAAGAAACCUCUCGUUCUUUGGCUCAAUGGAGGACCAGGUUGUUCAUCGGUGGCGUAUGGAGCAUCAGAAGAAAUCGGACCGUUUCGGAUGAAUAGAACUGGUUUAUCUCUCUAUAUGAACAAAUAUUCAUGGAAUAGAGAAGCAAAUAUUCUAUUCCUGGAGUCACCAGCUGGUGUGGGAUUCUCAUACACAAACACAAGCUCAAAUCUUAAAGAUUCUGGUGACAAAAGGACAGCUCAGGAUGCUCUAGUUUUUCUCAUUCGAUGGAUGUCAAGAUUUCCUCAAUACAAAUAUAGAGGAUUCUAUAUUGCUGGUGAAAGUUAUGCAGGGCAUUAUGUUCCCCAGUUGGCAAAGAAAAUCCACGAUUAUAAUAAAGCGUACCCACAUCCCAUCAUCAAUCUUCAAGGAUUCAUUGUGGGAAAUGCAGUCACAGAUAGCAACUAUGAUAGCAUAGGAACUGUUGCAUUUUGGUGGACACAUUCAAUGAUAUCCGAUCGGACUUAUCGAGCCAUUAUUGACAAUUGCAAUUUCACAGAAGACGCAGCCUUUAAAAAAUGUGAUGAUGCUGUGAAUUAUGCAAUAAACCAUGAAUUUGGGGAUAUUGAUCAAUACAGCAUUUAUACACCAUCUUGCAUGCAACUGCCAAAUCCUACUAUGAGGUUAAAAAAUACUCUGUUGCGUAGAAGGAUUUCUGGUUAUGAUCCUUGCAGUGAGAAUUAUGCAGAAAAAUACUAUAAUCGACCUGAAGUCCAAAAGGCAAUGCAUGCCAAUGUUACUGGAAUUCCUUAUAAAUGGACUGCUUGCAGUGAUGUGCUUAUUAAAAACUGGAAGGAUUCUGAACCUUCAGUGUUACCCAUAUACAAGGAGCUAAUUGCGGCUGGUUUAAGAAUCUGGGUUUUCAGUGGUGACACAGAUUCAGUAGUUCCGGUGACUGCCACUAGGUUUUCCCUGAGUCACCUAAAUCUCCCAGUUAAAACCAGGUGGUAUCCUUGGUACUCGGGGGACCAGGUGGGAGGAUGGACAGAAGUUUACAAGGGGCUAACCUUUGCAACUGUUAGAGGAGCAGGCCAUGAAGUUCCAUUAUUUCAACCUAGAAGAGGUUUCAUUCUUUUCAGAUCAUUCUUAGCUGGGAAAGAAUUGCCCAAAUCCCGACAAGAACUCGAGAGACAGUAG